GUGCUGGUGGCGGCGUGUGUGGCGGUGGCUCGAGGCUCGCCACAGCCGCUGCCGCCGCCGCUGUGCCGCCUGCCACGGUCGCCACUCGGCGGCCACGUGUCGCUGGGCCGUGGCGGCGCCGUGGCUACCUUCACGUGCCGCAGUGGCUACGAGCUCACUGGCCGCCGUGUGGCGGUCUGUAUUGGCGGACGAUGGUCAUCUCCGCCACCUGUGUGUUCAUUACUCACCUCGGCAGAAGCUGCCGAGGUUCCAGGCGACGGCAAGGAGGCUCUGGCAGGGACGAAGGAGCCUCGUCUCAUGGACCAACAGAUCAUUAAUGCCUACCAACCGCCCGACGCUGCCAUCCUGAGACGGAUAAACAGCAAACUACUGCCUGACGACAAACGAGUCAAGAUAAAGCCAGAGACAACCACCAGCACUGAGCCGGUGACUGCUGCUGUCCCCACGGUCGCCCCAGGGGUCCCUGAGACGCAUAAACCUGACCGUCAGCAUCCGCACAGAAGGCGGCGCAAAAGGAAGAGAAAACGCGGAAAAGGGAGGAAGUUGAUUCGUAGCAAUUAUAAUUCAACGCAACUUUCUGAGAACAACACUAGACGAAUGCCGCGAGUCCGCACCUCAACCACCCAAGCACCUCCACCCUCAUCGUCAACCACAUCCUCCACUACCGUCACCACCACCACGCCACUUCCAGCCUCUACCUCACCAAAACCUACGAAAGCUGGUCGAAGAAGAAAGGAAAAGUCCAAACUGCGACCACUAACAUCGAGCGAUGCGACUUUAUCAACGGACACAAACGACGUCAUGGAGAUGCUAGGGGCAGGAGCCAGUAGGGGUAGCGCCACCAAGAAGCUCAAGCGACGAGGUCAACGACUCAAUGGCGAGACUCACAACCACAGGAAAAAAGGGAAUGGAAGGAGACGUAGGAGAAGGAAAAACCGAGUGUUGACCACUCCACCGCCGACUGUCGCUCAUUCCGAGGAGAUGCAAGUUAUCAGUCACGACUCAUCUAGCGAUAUUGUAGGCUUCCCCGAGAAUAAUGAGGUUAGUACUUCUCCGGAAGAUAAUGAGGUUUUAGGGUCACAUAUUGAAGCACCUGCGCGUGAACACCGAGGAAGCGGAGGAAGAUCCUCAGCACCAGAAAGAAGUCGCAGCCACAAAGCUCAGGAGCCCGGUGCUAACCCCUUGCUGCUGCUCUAUAAAAAAAUCGCGGAUAAAAAACGUCAGAACAGAGAAGAAAUGGACGGCCAGCCAGCUAAUGAAUACAAUGGAGAGGAAGGAAAUAAAGGUGAUGAAGAAAACAACUCCAGUACUGAAGGAACAGGCAUUGAGGACAAAGACUUGCCUACACGAGCCCAUGCAGUAGACCCGGUGGUACAAACCAGCGAGGAUAGUUCUUCGUCAGCAGUACGUAGGCGUAAUAAACUGCUGGACACUGGAAAUGCUAUCAUUCAAACGGACACGGAAGACAGGGAUGAGGAGGGUGACAGCGAUGAAAUCCUUAAGAAGAAAACUCGAGGAGAGUCGCAGGAACUCCCAGAAGGAUACCCCACGGACCGCUUUAAUACUGAGGAUGCAGGAUCCCUGAAUACACGAUUUGUUGAGACGGAUGAGAUUAUUUUCGGUAACCUGGAUACGAGCUGCAUCAUCUCAGCCACAGACGAGCUUUACUUGCCACCUCCGCGCGUCAAUAACGCCAGGGUGGCUUCCUACCGCACAGUGACCAACCCUCUGGCGCCGCACAACUCGUACCUGGAGGCCGUGUACGAGUGCAACUUCAACCACGAGCUGCGCGAGGGCACGAGCAACAGGCUCUUCUGCGAGCGCGACUCGUGGCUCGGCACUCUGCCCGUAUGCGAGCAUUACCAUUCAACUCGUCGCGAGUGCGGCGACAACAACGGAGGCUGUGAGCAGAUCUGUGAGCGCUCAGAAGCAGGCGCCUACCAGUGCUUCUGCUACGCUGGCUUCAAGCUGCGCGACGAUCGCUUCACCUGUGAAGAUGAGAACGAAUGCGAGGUUGGGAACGGUGGAUGCGACCAACUCUGCGUCAAUGAGGUUGGCACACACGCUUGCUACUGCUCCCAGGGCUUCAGACUCGCCACCAACGGCCGCUCUUGUGUCGAUAAAAAUGAGUGCCUUUUACGCAACGGUCACGGUCCCUGCCAGGACCGCUGCCACAACACCGAGGGUUCUUACUACUGCUCGUGUGACUCCUUCCCAGGUACCCACUUGGGAGCUGACAACCACACGUGUGCUGACGUCGACGAGUGUCAGAACAACAACGGCGGCUGUGACCACAUCUGCCUCAACACCUUCGGCCAGAUCUUCUGCACGUGUCAUGACGGCUACCAGCUCGGCCUCGACUGGCAGUCCUGCCAUGAUGUGGACGAAUGCAGCUUCCCCCACGUGAAGGCGGAGUGUCCCCACGGGUGCAUCAACACCCCCGGCAGUUACCGGUGUCGCGACCCUCGCCAGACCGGUCUUGAGGAUGUCUUCGAAGUCCGUGAGGAGGAGAAGCGAGGACGAGAAGCGGCAGAGGCUGAGGAAAGAGCAAAAGAAGCCGCAGAGACCGAGAAAAGGGCACGUGAAGCAGCAGAGGCCGAGGAGCGAGCACGCAAAGCAGCAGAGGCUGAGAAAAGAGCACGUGAAGCAGCAGAGGCUGAAAAAAGAGCACGUGAAGCAGCAGAGGCCGAGAAAAGAGCACGUGAAGCAGCAGAGGCCGAGGAAAGAGCACGUGAAGCAGCAGAGGCCGAGGAAAGAGCGCGCGAAGAAGCGAGAGAAAAAAGAAGAGCAGAAGAAGCUGAGAGGAGAGCUGCAGAGAGACGAAGAGCUGCGGAGGAGGCCAGAAAAACUGCAAGAGAAGCAAGGAGGAAAGCCAAAGAAGCUGAGAGACAAGCAGCCGAAGAGCAGCGUUUAAAGGCUGAAGCUGAAAGAAUCAAAGAAGAGGAAAUUGCUGAGCUUCUAAGAAUUCAACUCGAAGAAGAAGCGCGUGAUGCUGAAGAGAGAGCUGCUCAAGAAGAGGCAGAGAAAGCAGCGGCCGAGCGAUGCGGCAAUGGCACCAUCUUGUCUGAUGAUGGAAUCCAGUGUUUAGACGUGAAUGAGUGUGAGUCGCUCACCCACGGCUGCUCGCAUGCGUGCGUCAACACAGAGGGCGCUUAUUACUGCGACUGUCCUCCUGGAUACGAGCUCGGCUCUGACGCGCGAGUUUGUCAAGACAGAGACGAGUGCGGUGAAGGCAGCAGCGGCUGCGCCCACGUCUGCAGCAACACUGAGGGCAGCUACAGCUGCGCAUGUCAAGCUGGCUACGAACUGGCGGCCGACCUCCACGCCUGCCGCGACGUGGACGAGUGUCUCCAUCUCAAUGGAGGCUGUCAACAGGAAUGCAUAAACCUGCCCGGCAGCUACGACUGCUCGUGCUCCUCAGGCUACGAUCUCGUGGACGACCACAACUGCGUCGACGUGGACGAGUGCAGCCUGACCACGCACGAAUGCGAGCAUGCGUGUCAUAACGAACCAGGCGGCUAUCGCUGUUCGUGCUAUCCUGGAUACGAACUUCAUGACACCUACAAGUGCAGGGAUAUUGAUGAAUGUGCUACCGAGUCGCGAUGCUCGCACUUCUGUUCAAAUGAGGGUGGUUCAUAUAAGUGUCACUGUCCCCCCGGCUUCGUGUUGGGGGAAGAUGGCUUCGCCUGUGAAGACGUGGACGAAUGUAGCUCUGGUGUAGCUAGCUGCACCCAGCGCUGCAAUAACACCGUGGGCGGCUACGACUGUAUCUGUAAAGAGGGUUUUGAGCUCACCACCGAGGGGUCGGUCACUGAAAACCAGCGCGUUUGCGUCGAUUUGGAUGAGUGCGAGCGUGGACUGCACAACUGCAGCCACAAGUGCCUUAACCUAGAGGGCACCUUUGAGUGUGGAUGUCCAACAGGUUACAAAUUCAAUUCGACUAGUGAUGAUAAAUUUAAACAACAAUGUGUAGACAUCGACGAAUGUGCAGAAAAUAACGGGGGUUGUGGUGGUGAAUGUACCAAUCUGAUCGGCAGUUAUGAGUGCAAUUGUCCAAAAGGAAUGAGGGUGUCGGAAGGAGUAGUCAAAGAGUGCACAGAUAUCGACGAAUGCGCUGAAAACAACGCUCUGUGUAGCCAUAUUUGUAUCAACCUCAUAGGAUCGUUUGAGUGUAGUUGUCCUGUAGGAUACGAGUUCAAUAUCCCCUCAGAUUAUUACGAUGAUUAUGCGGAACCCCAGCAGUCUGCCGAGGCUCAGGCUGGACUGUGGUGGAAUACUUGCAUCGAUGUCGACGAAUGCGCCUUCAACAACGGUGGUUGCAGUCACUCGUGUACUAACGAUGAAGGAUCGUUUGCUUGCCAAUGUCCUCUUGGUUGGUCCCUAGAUACCGAUCAAAAAACUUGCAUUGACAUCGACGAAUGUGCGCAAGGAAAUGGUGGUUGUUCUGAGUCAUGUCGCAAUUCUCUUGGAUCUUUUUCAUGUUCGUGUCAGUCAGGGUACGAGCUUAGCGGAGGCCUUUGCGUUGACGUGGAUGAAUGUCUAGCAAAUAAAUCAGACUGUAGCCACGUGUGCACAAACCAAAUGGGUGGAUACGAGUGCUCGUGCCCAACAGGUCUCGUACUUGAAGACAAUAACCGUACGUGCUCUGAUCUCAACGAAUGCGGUCUUAACAACGGAGGUUGCUCCCAUUUCUGCACCAACUCGCAUGGCGAGUAUGGGUGCUCGUGUCAUCUGGGUUACUCGCUUGGCAGAGACAACCACACGUGUACAGACAUCGACGAGUGUGACCUGGAGGACGAUGUGUGCAGCGAGACUUGCAUCAACACGCCAGGCUCAUACGAAUGUCGCUGCAGUGAAGGUCUUAAACUGGCAAUUGAUUUGCGUAGCUGCGUCGAUGUCAACGAGUGUGGUGACAACAACGGGGGCUGUUCGCACGACUGUAUCAACAGCGAAGGUCGCUACUCCUGUCUUUGUCCUCUGGGUUACGAGCUCGCAAACGACAACCACACGUGUAUCGACACCAACGAGUGUCUCGUAAAUAACGGAGGUUGCGAAUACAAGUGCAGCAACCGUGAUGGUGGACACGAGUGUUCUUGUAAACCUGGCUACCAGCUCAAGGCAGGCAACCGCUCUUGUGAGGACAUUGAUGAAUGCCACUUCUACCCCGGUCGGUGUAGGGGCGAGUGCAUCAAUACCCGCGGUUCCUACAAAUGCACAUGCGGCGCCGGCUUCCGCCUGGCUGCCGACGAAGUCUCGUGUGAGGAUGUGGACGAGUGCAGCGCGGGCAACGGCGGCUGCUCCCACACCUGCGUCAACUCGAUCGGCUCCUUCGAGUGUGGGUGUCCUGGCGGGUACGAGGCAUCGAGCGGGGGCGUGUGUUUAGACGUGGAUGAGUGCGAGUCCAAUCCGUGCCACCACACGUGCAUCAAUACGCCGGGCUCAUACACCUGCUCCUGCAACCCCGGCUACUUCCUUGUUGCCCCCAGUCAGUGCUGGGACGUCAACGAGUGCGCUGACAGCAGCAGCGGCUGCGCGCAGCUCUGCACAAACACCAUCGGAUCCUACAAGUGUUCCUGCAGGCCUGGCUACAUACUUGCUCCUGACGGACAUUCUUGCGAAGCGGAGGCAGUCACAUGUGCACCUCCCCACGAACCUGAGGGAGGCGCCGUGAGCUGCGGGGAAAGCCAGGCCCGGUAUCCUGCAGGAACAGUCUGCAGCUACAGCUGUGCAGACAACACGACUCUGCAGGGCAGCCUCCUGACCUCCUGCACGACACACGGCACCUGGAGCGCCAGCGCCCCCACUUGUGGUGUGACGAAAUGUCAGCCGCUGGCCGCCGCAGUGCACGGCCGCAUUGCACCGUCACGAUGCACGACCCGAACCUCCACCCCCGGCCAGCACUGCUACGUGUCGUGUGAUCCCGGCUACAUGGUACGCGGCAACCCGGUCAUCACUUGCCCUCACACUGGGACCUGGCCAAGCGUGGCAACUUGUGAGAGGGCCAGCGUGAAGCCGUUCAUCCAGUGCCCCAGCGACUACACCGUCCCGCUGCAGCCAAACCAAGGCUCGGCGUACGUCAGGCUGCCGGCACCUAAAGCUAACGUCGACUGGUACAGGUUCGUGGAAGCAAGUCCGUCGUGGGCCAAGGAGCUGGAGGCAGAGCUGCCGGCUGGCCGUACGCGCGUCUCCUUCACCGCCAAAAGCCCCACAGGCGACGACUCGGCCACCUGCUCCUUCGCUAUCGAAGUCGUAGACGCUGAGGAGCCGCGCGUGUCGCAGUGUCCGGUGUCGUUCGCGAUCUCACUCGCCCCUGGGGAGAGCAGCGCCGUGGCGUCCUGGCAGGAGCCUCACUUCAGGGACAACGUUGCUGUGACUCACGUCUGGAAGUCCAUGGAGCCCGGUCGGCGGCUGACUACUGGUACAUACCCCGUACACUAUGUGGGCAGCGACGCUUACAAGAAUCGGGCCAAGUGUUCAUUCACAGUAACAGUCCAGGACUACAACUCUGCGUCUGAGGGCUCCCGAGAGUCCAGCCGUGUGAUGGCAGUUUGUCCGGGCCUGAAUGCUGGAAAACCAAUCCCCAUGUACUCAUGGCGGGUCCCUCAGUCGUGCACCGUGGUGUGGCCCGGCGCACUGGCCACUCAACCCUCAUGGGACUCUUCCCCUCACACGUCAGGCGGCGGUGGCGGCGGUCGCUCCGCGGAAGCACAGGAGCAACACAAGGCGACCACGGCAGAGAGGAGCGAAGGCUCGGCGAGCUCGUGGUUGCCGCACCAACGACGAAGCGACCACACCAACACUACUAGCAACGAGCUUCCUCUACAGGAGCCUACGACGGGGAGAAGACGAGCAGCUAUUGGUGGCCAUCAGUCUUCUACGGCCACCUUAACAUCGGCAGACGGACGAACGUUCCAGUACCAUCACCACAGCAUAACACCGAACUUCCCCUUCUCUUACUAUUCCCACCGGUCCACUCCCCGCUCGAAUGAAAUCUCCCACGCGAGCUGGGAAGCAUCGCCCACAGCAUCGUCUUCUCGUGAGUCCAGUCCACCAGCGUCGUCGUCUCCUCGACGUGCUCACUCAGGAGACGUGACAUCAAGUCUGCUCGAGCGGCUCUUCCCGCACUACGGUCAUGGCUCAACCCCGCUAGGCUCGUCUUUGGCCGUCGCCCACGCUCAUGCUGGCCACGGCAGCGCGGUGGCUCAGGCUACGAGCUCAGGAGCCGGAGCCGCCUUGGCGCACGCUAGGGUUUACUCGCACGGUUAGUGGCGUCACUAGUGCGGCUAGUGCAGGUGAAGGUCUUCACAAAGUUAGUGGCGUCACUAGUGUGACUGGUGAAGGUGAAGGCCUCCAAACAGUUAGUGGCGUCACUAGUGCGGCUAGUGAAGGUGAAGGCCUCCAGACAGUUAGUGGCGUCACUAGUGUGGCAGGUGAAGACCUUCAAACAGCUAGUGGCGUCACUAGUGUGGCUGGUGAAGGCCUUCAAACAGUUAGUGGCGUCACUAGUGUGGCUGUUGAAGGCCUUCAAACAGCUAGUGGCGUCACUAGUGUGGCUGGUGAAGGCCUUCAAACAGUUAGUGGCGUCACUAGUGUGGCUGGUGAAGGCCUUCAAACAGCUAGUGGCGUCACUAGUGUGGCUGGUGAAGGCCUUCAAACAGCUAGUGGCGUCACUAGUAUGGCAGGUGAAGACCUUCAAACAGCUAGUGGUGUCACUAGUGUGGCUGGUGAAGGCCUUCAAACAGUUAGUGGCGUCACCAGUGUAGCUGGUGCAGGUGAAGGCCUUCAAACAAUUUGUGGCUUCCGACGGACGAAGAAUGUGUUGCGGACGAAGUCGUCCUCAUUCUAUUGCAACUGGUACGGAUAAUGGCUGAUCCGCAGGCGGUAAUCUCAAUUUAAUGGCCACAGGCUAUAAACUGUAAUUAUUCUAAAAACAGGAGAUUCGAUUCACCAAAUGACUAGACUUUUUUUACAUGAAACUCCUGUUAUUUGUUUAUCAAGUUAUAUUUUUAUUGAAAGACUCGUCGCAGGUUUUUGGCGUGAUUAUUGCGACUCGUGGUUGUGUUCGUAACUUCUAUGAAAUCUUGUCUGCAUCCUGGCCGAGCUAGAAAUCUAGAUCAUUUAAUAAAGCCCCAACCGCCUGUCAUUGAGUUAGGACGACCAGCCUUGGCACCAAUCUUUAUCACCAGCUGCUCCAAAGUGUAGGGUCUCGAAAUUUUCAAGGUACAUUAAAAAAUUAGCACUGAGAAGUAAUUUUACUCAAUGUAGUGUCAGAGCCAGCUGAAAUUGUAUCGCUUUUGUUUCUUAAUUAUUCAGGCAUGGAGUAUUUUGAGCAUGAGCUCGGCUGUCAAUGAAAUGAAUGAAACUAAUAAAAGUAUGCGAGCGUCCGUUGAAAGUUGUCCCUAAAAUAUUUAUUGUUCAUAAAUCAAUCCUACAGUAUUCCUUGAAACAAGUCGUCUCUUUCUAUUAUGGGUUUAUAUUGCAGCGAUGCUAUUCUUGUCCAAUGCGAUUAGGCCGGACUUCAUCAAGCACGAUUUGUUGUACCACAUUAAAUAUUUAUGAUGAUUUGGGUUAAGAAAAUCUUCUAACUUUUCGUAUCUAUAAAGCUUGACCUGCUGUUGCCCGAUGAGUUUCUCAAUGUUAGUUGUGUCCCGAUACAUGACGGUUCUCAGGUCAACUGAACUCUAUGCAUACCGGGUGGAAUUGACAAAUUGAUGAAAGAUUGUAUCUAUAGGCAACAUUAUCUAUAUAUAGAUAACAUUAUAUGUAUAUGCAACCACGUCGAUUAAAUUACUACCUGAAAAGGAUUUGCUUACGGAUAAAAAACACGUUAGGUUUGAUCUGUUUUUUUUUAGCGUCUAAAUUGAUUUCAGGAAUUAAAUUGAAGGAAAAGAGUGAUUUGACUGGCUAAAAGUAAAUCAGUAUAAAUUAUGGGUGACCGAUUAGAACCUGGUUAUGUAGCCGGAUCAGUAUAUAUUAUAAUGAACAUUAGGACUUUAAACUAUUUUUUAUACAUCUUAU